AUGGUGGCAGUGACCAGACUUUCCCUCCUGCUGCUGGGCUGUGUGGUGCUCCUGCAGCCAGCUGGCGCCCGGUACAUAACCUACUGCCCCAAGGGCUGGUACUAUUACAAGCUCAGCUGCUUCAAGUAUUUCAGUGAACUCCGGAGCUGGGAUGAGGCCGAGAGCCAGUGCCAGGCCAGCAAUGCCGGCGCUCACCUGGCCUGGGUGGAGGAGCCCCAGGAAGCAGCCACCCUGCAGAGGGUCAUCUCCUACUACCAGCGUGUGCAGCCCGUCUGGCUUGGCCUCCACUAUGGGCACCAGACCCAAGCCUGGCAGUGGCCGAGUGGGGACAAGUACAACAUCACCAGUGGGCUGAUGGGGAAUGGUGCCCGCGGGGGGACCUGCGGCAUGCUGACCCACCUCAGUGGCUUCACCCUGUGGUCCAGCACCGACUGUACCCAGCAGCAUCACUACAUCUGCAAGUUCAUGCCCUUGCACUGA